CUGCUGCCAGCCUACUGCGAAUUUCCGACCAUAGUUCGUUAACGAGCGGUCGUGCAUGUGCUCGAAGUUGGCUGUGAUACCUCGCCGGUCACUUGAUUUACUCGCCUUAAGUUUUAUAGUGGUGUUUGUUGAAGGAUUUUGGAUUUUUAUGGUUAAAUGUGCAAGGAAUGCUAUCAACUUUAUCUGACGUGACAAUUAAAAUAUCUCGACGAUAAUGAACCAUUAAAAACGAGUCAUGUGCGGAUUCAUUAUUUGAUUCCAUUAACAAUAAUGUGCAGAUGUUGUCAAGAUUGUUUGGAAACAUGUUACUGGCAUAUGGUGGAAAAACGUUUUUGCUUCGACGAAAGCAUAGCUUUGUACGAAGAUCCAGUAAGAAAAGAAGAAAAAAAUAAUAAUAUGUUCGAUAAUAGGGCAUUUUAUGAUAGUGUUUCUGUGAUAGCCGGUAGAGCAAUAGUAACUAUAGAUCCUUUACCGCCCAAGAAGGACCAACCAAUAGUAGUCCAACCAAAAAGACUGAAAUGGCACUCCACCAGCUCCAAAUCGCUCAUCAGGAGUUUGUCGAAAAGUGUACCCGCGAUUUUUGUUGAUAAAAGUAACGAAACCUCCGAAUCUUCAGAAGAUGAAAAGAAAGUGGAAAUAGUGGAGCCCGCAAUUCCCCUGGAACCGUCGAAAGCAGUGAGCACCCCGGAGGUCAACCAAAAACCCUCCUUGCUCGACCCCAACGGCUUGGAGCAACCGACCCGCAAGAAAUCCCUGCGCGAAAGGAGGAUGUCCAAGAGCCUCUACCUGAAAAUCGACGCGAUCCCCAAGGAAGUGCCCAUCAUCCGGCAACAAUCGAUGCCCAAAUUUUACCUGGACACCCCUGAAGACAACCAAUCGGACUCCACGCUUUGCAGGGCUCCAAGCGCCAUCCUCACCAGCCCCGUCAUAAACAACCCCAACGGAUACGAUUUGUACUCGAUAGUGCAGAUCGAGAAAACGAAAAGUUUUUGCGCCCCUUCAGAAUGUGCUCCCGUUCACAAAGAGUCCAACAGGUACCAACAGAUCAAGGAGAAAAUGAAACUGAGGAAGAGCAAGAGUACGAUUAACACAGCCAGCUUGUCCAAUAUCAAUUCCAAUACAAGUUUGCCAAUCUAAUAAAAUAAUUUUAAGAACACAAAGAUUUUAAUUCCAAGUAAAUGGGUUUUCAAUAGAACUCUAUAAAUUAUAUUUAUUACUAUUACAAGCAGAAUUCACAUCGGUACAGCUGCUGAUAGUGCUGGAAGACGCCGACGCAUUAGAACCUUGCAUUUUUUCUGCAAUUUGUAUUUUGUUAUGCACCGAUUCUUCUGGUAUCCUUCUGCUACCGUCGAGGACUUCCAUCCUCCGCGACGCUUCAAAGUAGUCAUGUUAGCCCCUGCAUUGGCCAAAAGAGUCGCCGAAGACCUUCUCAGGCAGUGACCGGUGUAGAGCGCUGGUCCCUUUCAGUUUCAACAUUGCAAUUCUUGAAGGUAUCUUCCCACACACUGGCUGGUUCCCCUCCCAUUUUUGUAAAAAACUGGAAAUCCUUCUUCAAGUAUGGUGAAACUUCUCAAUUUCUUGGUUUUAGUGUCUGGCAAAACUACGUGAAAAUAUUUCCCUUUGUCAUGAAUAUUUUCUAUUUUCAAAUUGACCAAUUCAUCGCAUCUACAAGCACGCUAAUCCCCAUUAUCAAAGCCACUUUCAUCAACAGGUACUCGUCGUCGGGAGCUUCGUUCAAAAACUUCUCUAUUUCAGGUCGUUCUGAUGUCUUGGACUUCUUUGGUUUGCAUCCCUGUGAUUUACUUUUCAAAAAGCUCGUUAGUUUGCCAUGUUUUGAAAUGUCGGUAUUUGGUCCAUAGCGACGAUGGGGCUAAUUUUUUUUGCAAAUGUAAAAAAUAAGCCAAUAGAACAUUUUCAUCGAUACCUUUUAUCUUCCGUGAAUUCAUCCAAGACUCAAACAUUUUGAUCUCCUUGUCGUAAGCAUCUCGGGACUUUUCUGGCAAAAUCUGCAUCGCUGCUUCUUCCGCUUCCGUAAGGAUAUCCUCAGGAAUGUAAUUUUCAUCGGUUUCCUCCAUUUUCUAUACGUUUUUCUGCAGGGAAAACUGACAAGUAUCAAAAUUUAUUUAAACAUUUGCUAACAAUGUAUCAUGCCCGUGGCAACCAAACAAACAACCUACUUUGACCAAAAUGUAAAAAAGUCAAUGUCAAGUCUUUCCGACAUUUAUAGGGUACUGAGACGCAAGUAGCUUUGAUUUGAUCACAAAGCUUAUUAAUUAUUAUCUCAUAUAAAACGAUUUCUUUAACUUGUUGGAUAAAACAUUGUAUACCACUCGUGUGUUAUGUUUCCUAAGUCACUUGAGAAUUUAUACCACUCGGCCUGACGGCCUCGCGUGACUUAUUUUAUACAAAUAGACAAAAACUUUAAAAGAGCAGAUCACACAACAUUUUAAUUAAUCGUUAAUGCUUACUGGUAUGAUUGAUUGAUUUUUUACUUUUAACUUUGUAGAACUUGCUCAAUAAGACUUUUAUUGAAAACCCCUUUGCUUAUUAAUAAAUAUUACGUAUGUAUUGCA